AUUCAUUGUCACAAGGUCCAAAAAAUGUGCUCCGUUGUGAUGAAAUAAUCCAACUGAUCCUCCAGAUGUUUCAUGUCUCUCAUCAGGGUCAUUGUGAAACCACAAGAUGGCUCUUGUAGUCACAUAGUUUGAUGAGAACAGUGCCAAAGUUCUUGUCACUCCCCUACAACUUCCCUCCUGUUUGAUGCUGCCGUUCAUCGCCAAGUUAUAUGAGAGACUGAACCAGAGUACAGCAAUACAUACGUCUCUGCAGAGCAAAAGAAAAGGAACUACAAUCAAAAUCAAAAGCUAAUAAUCAGAAAAAUGGAUCCCAGCAAUCAGCCCCAAGGUGCCUGUAAUUCAUCUGAGAAAUCAGGGAUGCUGCAGCCUACAUCACCACCACCCGCAUACCAGGACAAUCCUGCUGGAUACCCGACCUCCUUUCCAAGCCAGCCAGUCCCCCCAGGCUCCGAUGUCCAAGGGCCAUAUCCAGGGCAACCCGUGGUCGCCAUGCAGCCUGCAGUUUUUGUGACCGCCACUCCACUGACCAAUCCACUGCCAGAUUACCUGUGCUAUUCCAUCUUUACCAUGCUGUUCUGCUGCUUUCCUUUGGGCAUCGCUGCACUGGUUUUCUCCUGCUCUACUCAAAAUGCCAACUACUCAGGACAGCGAGCAUUAGCAGAGAAGAAUUCCAAAAUGGCAUGCAUCCUGAAUCAUCUCGCCGUUGCUGUUGGCAUCACCAUCUUUGUAUGGAUUAUUAUCUCAAAGUUUGUGUUGACAGAGAAAUAACAGCUGUUAGAGCUGUCAUGUUUGGAUACAGAUUACAAACAGAUUUGGUUCUCUGCUUUUCAGAUGUUAUUUGAUCAAAGUAUCAUAAUACUUUAUGUUGACUAUUGAUAUGCUUGUGAUUAUUAUUGUUUAAAACUUGUUCAAACUGUAAGACUAACCCUUUGACAAUCCAUUUUCCAUAUUUUAUUCACUUCUAUAAUGGUUUGCUUUUUUAUUUAGAUUUUUGCUAAAUAAAUACAUGUAUCUGCACAGUUUUUACCUUUACAUGUGAAAUGCAGGAUGAACUCAAAAACAAAAGAAAACUGGAUACAAAUGCAGUGAGUUUUAUUGACAAAAAUAAAUAUUUUAGUAACAAAGUUCGGGAGGACCAUGUUCAGAUAAUUAACCUAAUUAACACGAAAGGAGCACAUUCAGUUAAUCAACUCAAAUAACCACAAGAAGUAUACUGUAUAUACAGUAGACUUGCCUUUUAUCAGCAUCCCUCCACCUCCCCAUCUCCUCACUUCUUCUAGUCCUAACUAUUCUUAUCACAACCAGGGGGGGUACUCUGGGUUUGGGCCAAAAUUCAGAGCUCAGAGCCCUCUUCCCGGACAGCACGCCAAAUAUGCAUAACCUUUACUCUAUUUAAUUAUAUGUAAGUGUGAACUUGUGAAACAUAAACAAAUCAAACAUGAGAACCAGGGAGGUAUUCCAGAAAGCAGGGUAUGUGACAUACCCGGGUAUGUUUAAGGGUGUACAGGUGCAUCUCAAUAAAUUAGAAUGUCAUGGAAAAGUUCAUUUAUUUUAGUAAUUCAACUCCAAUUGUGGAACUUGUGUAUUAAAUAAACUCAAUGCACACAGACUGAAGUACUUUAAGUCUUUGGUUCUUUUAAUUGUGAUGCUUUUGACUCACAUUUAA